UCCAUUUUGCAGCGGGCAAACAAAAGCACACGCAUCUGCCGACUGCCCACUAAAACGGUGUGUAAUAUGAUAGACAAACCCAACAUCAUGAUUACGAGACAUCAAUGGGAAACUAUAUUUCCAGAACGAUGGGGUGUUGGUCAACACUGGAAAGAUAACUAUCCAUACACACUCGGUUUCUAUCCGGAAAUGCAGUUUGAUUAUUAUUCGUACGAAAACUUCUGUGCCGCAGUCCAGGCCAUGUCCUACCGCGGAUUCGACAAUUUUUGCAGCGAGCCAAAAGCCUCUCGUGAGGACAAUCGCCGUGAACUCGCGGCGUUCCUGGCACACAUCUCGUUUGAGACCUCUGAAGGAAUGCACGCACUGUAUCACAGAGAAGAGGAACAACAUGAACAAUACCAGAGUGGUUCUAUAGAAUUGUAUCGGGAUGUGGCCAAAACCAACUACAAGAUGAGCGAUAGUCCAGUCUACUAUCCACUCGGUCACCGUCGAGCAGAACAAUUGAAAUUUAAUCGACAAUCAUAUCAUGGACGUGGACCGGUCCAACUGCGCUGGGCUUACAAUUACGGAAAAUUCAGUGAAGUUGCGUUUGGAAAUCCGAAUAUACUACUGAACAAACCGGACAUGUUGUUGGAAGAUGGCAAGCUUGGUUUCAUGUCAGCCAUAUGGUAUUGGACCACUACACCGAAGAAUGUGGUCACCCCGCAUGACUAUAUGCAUGAUCAUCGUACAAAGUUUGGGUAUUGCGGAUUCGGGCACACGAUCGCCGCAAUGAACGAAGAUUUCGAGCAAAAUGCUGCGGAAUUCGGUCCGUACGUCCGCGAUCGUGUGGUCUUUUUCCGUCGAUGUGCCGAAGUUUUGGGCGUGCCUGUGGGCCGGUUCACCAUUGCUCAUUUGGAUACAAUGGGAAUUUGUGAAUUCCACAACUUGUCGCUGGGCGGUGACAGGUUCCGCACCGAGUCCUCAACAUGUGCGACAUUCUAA